AUGUCCAGUCCGUUAGGUGCUGUCAAUUCCGUAAUAAACUCUGUUUCCUCUCCCUCUGCUGUUUUCAACCUAGCAGCGACUUCUACUGCAAGUCUUGUCAUGGCAAAGCCUGCUGUCAAUGUUGUUGGACAAACAACAACGGUUGGAGUGGUAAGGUCUCCGUCUGUGGCCACAGCUACACAGCCCCUGCUUCAACCAGGAGUCCAAGCAGCUCAAAGAAUUGUUGCCCCCCAGCUGAUUGUCAGACCCCCCCAACAACCACAGACGACCAUUCAACUGCCACCUGGGUUUACCAUCCCACCGGGAAUGGUGUUGGUGCGCACUGAGAUGGGUCAGCUGGUGAUGGUCCCACAGCAGGCCCUUGCCCAGGCACAGGCCCAAGCUCAGACCCAGGCCCAGAACAACAUCUCCCCCCGUACUGCUACAACCACUGCAGGGGCCACCUUCAGAGCAACUACCCUACAGUCUGUGACCUCUCAGGCUAUUCGGCCAUGUCCUCCUCCUGUCCAGGCCAAGAUGGUGCUGUCUCCCACUCCUAGCCCUGUCCUCCAGAUCUCCUCCUCCCCUGCGCCACCUUCUAAGGGCCCCAUGGCGCCGGUCGUGGCAGUGACGGCUCCCCAACAGGCCCCCGUGGUGAUGGCCCCCCAGGCCCAGGUCCAGGCUGGGGCCCAGGCCCCCUCCCAGCCAGCCCUGCCCCAGCAGACCAGCGCCCCUGUAGCCCCAGGAGCCUCUGUCAUCUCCCAGGAGAUGCAGGAGAAUGUGAAGAAGUGUAAGAACUUCUUGGCCACCCUGAUAAAGCUGGCUUCCCACAACUCUCCGUCACCUGAGACCUCCAAAAAUGUCAAGUCACUGGUCCAGGAUCUACUGGAUGCUAAGAUUGAGCCUGAGGAGUUCACCAACAGACUGCAGUCAGAGCUCAAGUCGUCUCCUCAGCCCUACCUGGUCCCCUUCCUCAAGAAAAGCCUCCCGGCCCUGCGGCUGUCUCUGCUCAACAUUCAGCAUUCCCUGAUCCAGCCUCUGCCGCAGGCCAAAGCCACCCCCACCCCCACCACAGGCACCAGCUCUGCCAUCAUGGCCGUCCCAGCUGUCCGCGGCCGCCUCCCCAACAGCGGCAGCACCACGGGGGCAAGUGUCGGGGCCCAGGGACACACAGCUGCCCUGGGUAUCAAGCAAGCAGGAACCUCUGGUUGCCAGGUCAGGAUGCCCAUGUUGAUCACACCAUUAAGAACACAAGGCACUGUCAGCAAGGGAGCCACACUCCAAGCAGGCAAAAGUCCUGUGGGUUUUGCUGUUAAGGGCUCUGGAAAUCAGAAAAACAAGCUGAACGAUCCCGGAGGCGGUUCUUUCAGGGAUGAUGAUGACAUUAACGAUGUGGCGUCCAUGGCGGGGGUGAACCUGAAUGAAGAGAGCGCUCGUAUCCUGGCAACCAACUCUGAGCUGGUGGGGACACACAUCCGCUCCUGUAAAGAUGAGGCCUUCCUUCACCCGGGCCUGUUACACAGACGCAUCCUGGAGACAGCUAAGAAGUUUGGCGUGUCAGAGGUUCCUAUGGAGGCUGUGAACUUCAUCUCCCACGCUACCCAGUCCCGACUCCGCACUGUGCUGGAGAAGGUCUCCUCCAUCGCACAGCACAGGAUGGACGGUGGUAAAGAUGAGGAGUGGUUUGAGCAGUCGGCAGACGUGCGGUCGCAGCUAAAGUUCUUUGAGCAAUUGGAGAGGAUAGAGAAGCAGAGGAAGGAUGAACAGGAGAGAGAGAUCCUACUCAAAGCAGCUAAAAGUCGCUCCAGGCAAGAGGACCCAGAGCAGGCUCGGCUGAAACAAAAAGCUAAGGAGAUGCAGCAACAGGAAAUGGCCCUGGUGAGGCAACGAGACGCGAACCUGACUGCGCUAGCUGCCAUCGGACCUCGGAAGAAACGCAAGAUGGACUCGCCAGGGGCCACGCCGUCAGGGACCGAGGUAUCAGGCAGCUCAGUGGGGUCGCCGGGUGCCGCCUCCUCCCCCUCCACGUCGUCACAGCGGCAACGUCAACGCAUCACCCGCGUCAACCUCAGGGACUUCAUCUUCUACAUGGAGCAGGAGAGAGAGACAGCCCACUCACUUCUGCUCUACCGGGCUCUGCUCAAGUAGCACCC